AUGACCGACCACCAGAGGGAGCCACUGAUGAGCUUUGAAGACAUGCUUGAGAGGUGUAGAUCUCUCUUGGUGGAUAUAUUCCACGACCUCCCCCCAAUCCUGAACAUGCUGGAGCCUUGGUACCUCGAUCGCACUAGACUCUUCUUCAUCGACGAGCUGCGAGAUCUGUUGCGGGGAUCUCCCGAGAACAUGGACACUCACGACUUCAUUGAUGCGGUCGAGCGGUACAAGCACGCUAGCGAGGCGUACGAUACCAUCGUAGAUCGUGAGGAAUCGCUUGACCAUCUCUUCCAGAUCCUGAAGCGCAUGAGGGAUAUGGUGUUCGGGAAGGUCGAACUCGCAGCUGAAGACGAGGAGACUCUCGACUGGAAAGAAGUCACUGAUGCAUUCGAAUCCGUCUACACCAUGGUCCGCGAAUUAAAGGAUGACAUGCGCCAGCACCUCUUCGAUCACGUCUACUACUUCCAGCAAGCGCACGAAGAAGUCGACUUUGGUUACGAGAUCAAAUUCCCGCGUUACUAUGCCCCCCCUCCAGAGGUGACCACGGUGAGCAUCACGAAGGUGUCAGCCCAUGAUGGAAAGGUCGUGAGAGUGCAGACCACCGUUGGAUCCUGA